UUUUUUGUUUUCAGCUCCCUCCCCUAUCCUCUCUUUACCGGGUCUGCCCGCCGCCUUGCACCCUGCCCUGAGCCCCGGAACUGGCCGGCCCCCCGAUGCAUCCCGGAGCCGCCUCGUCCAGCGCAGUGACCGGAGAAGCAGAGCGGAGUUGCACCGGAGCCGCCUCUGUAACGACUUACCGGGAAUUCGUGACCAGCUCCUACCUCGACCUGAUGAGCGCAAAUCAGCACUCGGUUCACGCCUUGAACUGGAGGCAGCUGUACCUCGGCAGGGCGAAGCUGAAAGCAUCGAGCCGGACAUCUGCUCUCCUCUCCGGGUUUGCUAUGGUGGCCAUGGUGGAAGUGCAGCUGGACAAAGACUUCAGUUACCCCAGCGCCCUCUUGAUGGCGUUCAGCGUGUGCACGACGGUGCUGGUGGCCGUCCACCUCUUCGCCCUGAUGAUCAGCACGUGCAUCCUCCCCCACAUCGAGGCGGUCAGCAACAUCCACAACCUGAACUCGGUGUGCGAGUCUCCCCAUGAGCGAAUGCACCACUACAUCGAGCUGGCCUGGGGCUUCUCCACCGCCCUGGGAAUCCUGCUCUUCCUGGCCGAGGUGGUGCUCCUGUGCUGGGUCAAGUUCGUGCCACUAGGAGCUGCAGCCUCCUCUUCCUCCAGCCAGAAUUUGAUGUCCUACACCACGAUGGAGCCUGGAUCUGGCUGGAACGUGGCGCUGGCCUCCACUGCGAUCAUGGUCCCCGUGGGGCUGGUGUUCGUGGCUUUCGCUUUUCACUUUUACCGGUCGCUGGUCGGCCACAAGACUGACCGCCACAGGCAGGAGAUCGACGAGCUGAACCAGAUCAAAUGCCAGCUGGAUGGGGCGGACGCUGGCGUGCGUGAUGUCUGAGACAGAGAGACAGAGAUUCAGAGAGAGAGAGAGGCGAUCAUCAAACCCCAAGCAGCUGUUUCUCGAUUCACUCUGAGCCGUUAUUUCAGCGACCGUCGCGCACGAUUUCUGCAGAGAGCUGCGCCUCGAUAAUCGAUUUGUGCAGCUUUUAGUUUUCAAGUGGUCCUGGAUUGUUUUUCGUUGAAUCACAUGACUAGCUUUCAGCUGUUAGCCCCGCCUGCUUUGCGUGCGCGCGUCAGUGUGUGUGUGUGUGUGUGAGAGAGACCCUGAGCGAGUUGCUUCACCUCCUUGUGCUCCGUCCUUCGGACG